AUGGCUACCACCCCUCCUGUUCCUCUCCCCCCUCCUAUCGACGCCUCUUCGGUUGACAAGCUGCAGCUUGCUGCAGAUCGUUCCGCCAUCAACUGGCACUCGUUCGUCGGCAGCAUUCGCCGCGUCCUUCAAGACGCCUUCGUCGGACCCUACUGCGUCCUUGACGUCCUCCUUCACCGUCCGCAGGCUCUCCAACCGACCGCACCCAAUCACCCUGGCGAACCUCCUCCCCUCCCCCCCCGCCCUGGGCCCCCUCCUCCUGAGCCUAACCUGACCGUGGCUACUGCCCCCGAGCUUCAGGCUGCUGCGGACGCCACCUUCCUCCACAACCGCCGCGAAUACCUCAUCCGCAAGGCCGACCAUGACGUUGCUCUCCUCAACUAUGAGUUUGCCUCGUCAGAGCGUUCCACUCGCCUGGAGCUGAUUGCCGAGUACACCACCUCCAUGGCGGCUUAUGUCCCCAACAGCAUCGCCUGGGCCGCUGCCGACAACCGCGCUUGCACCAUCCUUCUUGGUGCUCUCCCCGACGCCCUCAUGCGCCGCUUCCAAGCUCACGAGAUGCGCGCUCACCUCAUUUGGACCGAGCUCCAGUCUAUGUUCGAGCGUCGCGACAUCAGCUCUGUUGGCGUUCUAUUCCAGGAGUAUUUCUCCAUCACCCUCGCCACCUGUGACGGCGCAGUCGACUAUGUCGGGCGCAUGCAGGAGGUUGCCGAUCGCCUUGCCGCUCGCCAGGCUGCCCUUUCCGAGCCCCUGCAGAUCCACAGUCUGCUCUUCAAACUCACGCCAGACUAUGAGUCCCGCCUUCACGCCUUCACCGAGGCGAACCCCUUGGCUGGCCUCCCCGAGGUGACACAGUGGAUCAUUGACACGGAGGUCAAGCUCCGCACCCCCAUUGUCAACCUCACCACCACUCACUCCUCCUCCGCCUCCCUCAAUGCCACACAGCCGCGCACUCAGGGUGGUCGCACCGGCGGUAGCGGGGGUCGUGGAGGGAGUGGAGGUGGCAGUAGGGGUAGUGGCCGUGGUGGCCGUGGUGGUAGUGGUGGUGGUGGUGGUGGUCCUAGUGGCCCCGCUCCCGGAGGCUCCUCUAGUGCUGGUGGAGCUUGUCCCUGA